UUCAAAGAGAAAAUGCAUUCAGUCAAAUAUGAGCUAGCUCUUGAACAGCUAACUAGCAUAUGAGCCUGGGCCUUCGUAUGGGCUAAAUUAUGGCCCUGAGCCAAUGAGCGCAUAUGGGCCUCGGCCUCAGUGGGCCACUAGAUAUCCCCCAUCACCAGCUAACCUCUGUAUUGAGCUAGCUCCUGAGCCCCGGAUUGAGGCGGAGGAUGGCUCAGCUGAUCCGCCCACUACGGCAAUGGCCGCCGAGGUUCCAACACUACCGCUACCGGUCCUCCUCACCGCUUAACCACCUGCACGUUCUCUUAUCCUCUCACACAGCGCUGUCGCCGACGGAAACGGGCUGCAACCGCCAGCGCUUUGCUAGCACAGUCCCCUCGGCUCUCCGCCGGUCCCGCGCGCUCCGGCUGCCCAAAGCUCCGGCUCCUUACGAGUUCCGCGAAAGCGACUCCAGCAGCGACUCCGACGAUGACCCCUCCAGGAAGAGCCGCAAUCAGAAGAAGCGCGAGGCCCGGCGCGCCGUGCUGUGGGGCAUGGACCUCGCUUCUUUCUCUGCUCCUCAAAUCAAACUCAUCCUCAGAGCGGCUUCUUUGGAGGAAGAAGUGUUUGAAGCUCUCAUGUUAGUGAAGGUGUUCGAUUAUUUGUCACAGAGACUGGGACGGGAUGUUCGAGAAGGAAAGAGGAGGCAAUUCAGUUAUAUAGGGAAGUUGCUGCGGGAAGCAGAACCUGAAUUAUUGGAUGCUUUGAUUCAGGCUACAAAGGAUGGCGAUCAGAGUAGGCUGCAAGCGUUAUCUGGGACCGAAGUUGCAGUUGACGAAGAUGAUUCUGAGGAGGACAUUUAUGAAGAAGAGUAUGAGGAGGAAGAUGAGGAAUCCCUUGAAUAUGUAAGGAUUGCAACAAGGUGGUUUGAUGGUCUUGUCAAUAGAGAUGUUGGGAUAACCAACGAAGUGUACUCCAUUCAGAGCAUUGACUUCGAACGGCAAGAGCUUCGAAAGCUGGUGCGGAAAGUUCACUCAAUUCAAGAACAACAGGCUUCAGUCGACAAUGAUGAGGGAGGAGCAGAACUAAUAGGUGCAGAGAAGUCUCUUUCCCGUUUCCUUCGUACUCUUGCAAAGCGAAUGCCAAUUGCUGAAAUUUAAAUCGGAAUUUGUACCUCUUUGUAACAUUAAAUUAGCCAAGAUGAAUAAUAAGAAGAUGUGCUCUAUUUAUCUGUACAACCAAAUCAAAAGCUUGUUCUCACAUUCUUCGCGAUACACUCCGCAAUAAGAAGCAUGUCUGUUCAAAAGGUUUCUUUCA